AUGCAGCUUUUUACUUUAAUUUUAAUUACUAUAAUAUCUGUUGGAGCUAAUUUUUUCAACUUAGUCAUUAUUUACAACUCUCCAGCCUUAUGGCCGAUCAACAACUGUUUAUUAACAGCACUUACUAUCACAGAUUUCCUGACGGGUUUAAUUGUAAUGCCUUGUGCUAUUUCGGCAUUACUUCAAGGCAGCGAUGCUAUCCUGUGUAAGAUACAAGGUUUUUUAGUAACAUUAUUCAAUGGGGCAUCACUGGUAAUGGCAACAGCAGUAAGUGUUGAUCGAUGUUCUGCUGUUUAUAAUCCAUAUAAUUAUUUAUCAGAUUUACGAGCAUCGCGUUAUGCAAUAUCAAUUGCAGCAGUU